UAGCCGUGGAAGCCCGUGUCUGACCUUCGUACUAAACCGUCCAAUAAAGCCCCAAUUUACGUCUAGUGAGCCCCAGUGAGCCCUCCCUCCCCCAGUUCGAGGCUUGCCAAAGAUGGAGAAAACAGGCCGCCAACCUCGGUAUCUCACCUGAGACCAGAUAGCCGGCUUAAAAGCCAGCGGUGGAAUGAGUGAUCAGAGAAGAGGUGAGACAGGUAUGACACUCGAGUCUUCGCACUUUUCCUUGAUACGAGUAAUAGUUGUUGGUGUCCCGGCCUAGAAGUGCUGUUUAUCACGAUCUCAUUGCCUUUAGACAGUGUCGGGUGAGAUAGACACGAUAUAGAGCAUUGGUCUGGUCGGCGUUUGCUACAAGAAUGGCUCUCGCAACCGCAGCAGCAGUCGCCGCAGGCAGCUGGGCAACGGCAGCCUACCUCGAUGCCAAAUUCCACCUCCGCAAGGACUAUCAGAACAUAGCACGGCUGAAGAGAGGGGAAAAAGAAUACGCCCGCGCCGUGAAAGAAGACAAGGUCAAUCUGUGGUACGUUCUCGAGGAAACAUGCAAGCGACACGAGAACCGCCGGGCGAUAUGGUGGCGCGAGCGGUCCUACACCUUCCGUGAACUGCACGACGAGACCCUGCGCAUCGCACAGUGGAUGCUGGAGCAGGGUGCGAGGCCGGGGGAACUGGUGGCGUUGUACCUGACCAACUCGCCGCACUUUAUGUUUUCGUGGUUCGCGUGUAUGGCGAUCGGCGCCGCCCCGGCAUUCAUCAACUACAACCUCGAAGGCAAGGCGCUCUUGCAUUGCUUGGACGUCGCCCAGACGAGGUUGCUGGUGGUGGACGAUGACGCGGGAUGCCAGGCACGAAUCGAGGGGAGUCGAGCGGAUAUCGAGAGUAGGGGCAUGAAGAUCGCCGUGCUUGACGAUGCACUCAAGCGGGCCAUCUCCUCGAGGCCGGUGGUGAGACCUGGGGACGAACUCCGCGCCGGGACAAAGGGCGACUUCCCUUAUUGUUUGAUAUAUACCAGCGGCACGACUGGCCUUCCCAAGGGGUGCGCCUUCACACUCUCCAGAGUCUGGCUGAUGUGCGGACACUGUAUGCCCAUCUGUGACGGCCAACCUGGCGUGGAUCAAUGGUACAACAGCAUGCCCCUUUACCACGGCACCGGCGGCAUCUCGAGUUCGACCUCCCUGAUCCAGGGUGUCAGCAUAGCUCUUGCGCCCAAGUUCUCCGUCUCACGGUUCUGGAACGACAUCCACGACAGCGAGAGUACCUUUUUCAUCUACGUCGGCGAGACGGCGCGGUACUUGCUCAACGCCCCCGCCCAUCCUCUGGAGCGCAAGCACAAGCUGCGUGUGGCGUACGGGAACGGUCUGCGACCCGACGUGUGGACCAAAUUCCAAGACCGCUUCAACAUUCCCGAGAUUGGCGAAUUCUUCAACUCCACAGAAGGCAUGUUCACAUUGUUCAACUACGACAAGGGCCCCUUUUUGGAGGCGUGCGUGGGCCACCACGGACUGAUUCUCCGGAGGGCGCUGCAGAACGUCUACAUCCCCGUCAAGAUCGACCACGAGACCGGCGACAUCUGGCGAGACCCCAAGACGGGCUUCGCGCAACGUAUGCCGUACGAGGAAGGCGGCGAGAUGAUCGUCGCGGUGCCCAGCAAGCAGGCCUUCCAGGGCUACUGGCGCUCGCAGGCUGCGACGGACAAAAAAUUCUGCACCGACGUCUUCAAGAAGGGCGACAUUUACUACCGGUCAGGCGAUGCGUUGAGACGAGACGCCGACGGACGCUGGCAUUUUCUGGACAGACUAGGCGACACGUUCAGAUGGAAGAGCGAGAACGUGUCGACGGCCGAGGUCGCGUUGACCAUUGGCCAGUACCCUGGUAUCGCAGAGGCGAACGUCUAUGGUGUGCUCGUGCCCAACCACGAGGGACGUGCUGGUUGUGCCGCCAUCCAUCUAGACCCGAACUACACGGGCGCACCUGUGAAUUGGGACGACCUGCUCAAGUUCACGAGGGCGAGGCUGCCGCGGUACGCGGUGCCGGUGUUCCUCAGGGUCGUGAAAGCCAGCACACACAUACAUAACCACAAGCAGAACAAGGUCCCGUUGAGGAAGGAGGGUGUCGACCCGAACCUGGUAGGAACCGAGGUGAAGGAGGGCAAGGAUGAUGUCUUUUUGUGGAUCCCUCCAAAAGGGGACGGCUAUGUUUCCUUCAGCCGAAAGGACUGGGAACUGUUGGAGAGGAAGGAGGCGAGGUUAUAAUAUACUUGCCAUCUACAAACCACCGUCUAAUCCAGCUACUAUGUGAUGACUAUACCGAACACGAUGAAAGGGAAAUUGGUAGAUACAAGUACGAGUGCGGGAGAUAUAUCUCCCUGACGUGUUUGGAAAGCAGAAUUAGAUCUCUUUAGAGAUAGACGAUGGAUGAUUCAUGUGCAUACACCGUAGGCAGAGUUGGGG